GGGAUGGGAUAGUCUCGUCAAUACAAAUACCUCUCUCCAUUGCUUGUGCCAGUGUCCUUGAGCAAAACAGCCAAAGCCUUUGGAGAGGGAAAGAAUGAAAUCCUCCUUCUCCCUCUCUCUCUGUUUCUUCUCCGCUCUGCUUCUCCUCCAAAGAAUACUUUGUGAGAACCGUGCCAGCUCGCCACCAAGGGGUUGGAACUCCUAUGAUUCCUUUAGCUGGAUCAUCUCUGAAGAAGAGUUCCUCAACAAUGCGGAACUCGUGGCGGAACGAUUGAAGGCUCAUGGAUAUGAGUAUGUUGUGGUGGAUUACCUCUGGUAUAGGAGGAAAGUCAAAGGUGCAUACUCUGAUUCUCUGGGGUUCGAUGUAAUUGAUGAGUGGGGCAGGAUGAUUCCUGACCCGGACAGAUGGCCUUCGUCCAAAGGUGGGAAAGGAUUCUCCACUUUAGCCAAGAAGGUUCAUAGCAUGGGUUUGAAGUUUGGGAUUCACGUUAUGAGAGGUAUAAGUACCCAGGCUGUCAAUGCAAAUACCCCCAUCUUAGACACCACUAAGGGAUAUGCUUAUGAGGAAGCUGGGCAGCAUUGGCAUGCAAAAGAUGUAGGAGUGAAGGAGAGGGCUUGUGCAUGGAUGUCACAUGGUUUCAUGAGCGUAAACACUAAACUGGGAGCUGGAAGAGCCUUUUUGAGGUCACUUUAUCAACAGUAUGCUGACUGGGGUGUUGAUUUUGUGAAACACGACUGUGUAUUUGGUGAUGAUUUGGAUCUAGAUGAGAUAAGCAUUGUAUCAGAGGUUUUGAAGGGACUUAACCGCUCCAUUCUAUAUUCCCUGUCUCCAGGAACUAGUGUGACACCGGAAAUGGCAAAGGAUGUAAAAGGCCUGGUUAACAUGUAUAGGAUAACAGGUGAUGAUUGGGAUUCUUGGCGAGAUGUCUCUGCCCAUUUUGCUGUAACCAGGGACUUCUCUACUGCUGAUAUGAUAGGGGCUCAGGGAUUGCUGGGAAAGUCAUGGCCUGACUUAGAUAUGCUACCACUAGGAUUCCUUACUGAUCCAGGUUCAAAUGAAGGUCCACACAGAACAAGUAAGCUUAGUCUAGACGAGCAAAGAACUCAGAUGACCCUGUGGUCCAUGGCCAAGUCUCCUCUCAUGUAUGGAGGGGAUAUGAGAAAGCUAGAUGACUCCACAUUCAAUCUCAUCACAAACCCUACCCUACUAGAAAUAAACUCCUACAGCUCAAACAAUAGGGAGUUCCCUUAUGUUACGAGUACAAAUGGUCUCCGAUUUAAAAACCGGGGGCUGACCUGGGAAUCAGGAAGUUUGUUAGAUACUGUUCCCCCAGAAACAGAUACUUUCGGUCUCACUAGCUGUAUGGAUCCAAAGGCUAAAGGUUGGUUCAUCAAAAUUACUGAUAAUGACAUUGAACAAGUCUGCUGGAAAGGGAGCACAAGAAACAGAUACGAAGCACCUUUUUGCCUAUACAUAAGGAAAUCACGUUUGGCAUCAGACGAAGAUAUGAUGUACAAACAGCUAUACCAAGGGAACGUUCAUUUACUCGCAACAGAUGCAAUGGAGGUUUGCUUGGAUGCUUCUCCAACUAGGAAGCUUGCUUCCAAAGAGAUCAAGAGAGGUUCAUUUUCACCUUGCAAAUGGGACACUAACCAGAUGUGGGAGUUAAGCAAUGAUGGAACCCUCAAGAACAACUAUUCUGGUUUAUGCGCUUCAAUGAAAAAAGUCAAAGUUAAUGCUGGUUUUGAAGGAAUUCGGUCCUGGAUUGCUACUGGAAGAAAAGGUGAAAUAUACGUUGCUUUCUUCAAUUUGAGUCCCGAGAAGACUGUAAUAUCUGCAAAGAUUUCAGACCUUGCUAAAGUGCUUCCUGAUAAAAAUCUGAGCAAUGCUUCAUGCUUUUGCAAAGAGGUAUGGAGUGGGGAAGAUCUGGGAGAAGCGAAAGAAUCAAUAUCAACGGCAGUAGAAACGCACGGUUGUGCUCUGUUUGUGUUGGAUUGCAGUUAGUGCGAUCACAACUUUCUUAGCCAUGAAAAAUACUGAUGAAAUAAUAUGUCAAUUUGGUUAUCGGUUAAAAGUAUAUACUAUAAACCAUGUUUUGGUAA